GACUUCCCCUUUAAGCCUGCACCAGGUGCCCUGGCGGGUCUUGCGGCGCGGCGCGCGACGAGAGCUGGCGGUCACCAUGGCAAUGCGGGAGCUGGUGGAGGCAGAAUGCGGGGGUGCCAACCCGCUUAUGAAGCUGGCCGGGCAUUUCACCCAGGACAAGGCCCUUCGGCAGGAGGGGUUAAGGCCUGGUCCCUGGCCACCAGGAGCCCCAGCCCCAGAGGCGGUCUCUAAGCCUUUGGGGGUAGCAUCUGAAGAUGAGCUGGUGGCUGAAUUCCUCCAGGACCAGAAUGCACCACUUGUAUCCCGUGCGCCUCAGACCUUCAAGAUGGAUGACCUGCUGGCAGAGAUGCAGGAGAUUGAACAGUCAAGCUUCCGUCAGGCACCCCAGAGAGCUCCUGGCGUGGCAGAUUUGGCUCUGUCUGAGAACUGGGCCCAGGAGUUUCUUGCAGCUGGAGAUGCUGUGGAUGUAACUCAGGAUUAUAAUGAGACUGACUGGUCCCAGGAAUUCAUCUCCGAAGUUACAGACCCUUUGUCUGUGUCCCCUGCCCGCUGGGCUGAGGAAUAUCUGGAACAGUCAGAGGAGAAGCUGUGGCUGGGAGAGCAAGAGGGAACAGCUGCCACUGAUCGCUGGUAUGAUGAUUAUCGUCCAGAGGAGGAUCUGCAACACACUGCCAGUGACUUUGUGGCCAAAGUGGAUGACCCCAAAUUGGCUAACUCUGAGUUCCUGAAAUUCGUGCGGCAGAUUGGCGAGGGGCAGGUGUCCCUGGAGUCCGGUGCAGGGUCGGGCCGAGCUCAGGCAGAACAGUGGGCAGCAGAGUUUAUACAGCAGCAGGGCACCUCAGAUGCCUGGGUUGACCAGUUCACAAGACCAGGAAACACAUCUGCCCUCGAUAUGGAGUUUGAACGAGCCAAGUCAGCUAUUGAGUUGCAGGCAGAGUUGGAGGAGAUGGCCAAACGGGAUGCUGAGGCUCACCCCUGGCUUACUGACUACGAUGACCUCACGACUGCGUCCUUCGACAAAGGGUACCAGUUUGAGGACGAGAACCCCCUGCGUGACCAUCCCCAGCCUUUCGAGGAAGGGUUGCAGCGACUUCAGGAGGGAGACCUGCCAAACGCUGUGCUGCUUUUUGAGGCAGCUGUGCAGCAGGAUCCUAAGCAUAUGGAAGCUUGGCAGUACCUGGGUACCACCCAGGCAGAGAAUGAACAGGAACUAUUAGCCAUCAGCGCGCUGCGGAAGUGCCUGGAGCUAAAGCCAGAUAAUCGGACAGCGCUGAUGGCGCUGGCUGUCAGCUUCACCAACGAGUCCCUGCAGCGACAGGCCUGUGAAACCCUGCGAGACUGGCUGCGCUACACACCAGCCUACGCCCACCUGGUGGUGCCUGGGGAAGAAGGGGCCAGUGGCACAGGGCUGGGCCCCAGCAAGCGCAUCCUGGGAUCCCUGUUGUCUGACUCCCUGUUUCUUGAAGUGAAAGAGCUCUUCCUGGCAGCCGUGCGCCUGGACCCUUCGUCCAUUGACCCUGAUGUGCAGUGUGGGUUGGGGGUCCUUUUCAACCUGAGUGGGGAGUAUGACAAGGCGGUCGACUGUUUCACAGCUGCCCUCAGCGUUCGUCCCAAUGACUAUUUGCUGUGGAAUAAACUAGGGGCCACCCUGGCCAAUGGAAACCAGAGUGAAGAAGCAGUAGCUGCGUACCGUCGGGCCCUCGAGCUACAGCCUGGCUACAUACGGUCGCGCUAUAACCUGGGCAUCAGCUGCAUCAACCUCGGGGCUCACCGGGAGGCUGUGGAACACUUUUUGGAGGCCUUGAACAUGCAGAGGAAAAGCCGGGGCCCUCGGGGCGAAGGAGGCGCCAUGUCAGAAAACAUCUGGAGCACCCUGCGUUUGGCAUUGUCCAUGUUAGGCCAGAGUGAUGCUUAUGGGGCAGCUGAUGCCCGGGAUCUGUCCACCCUCUUAACUAUGUUUGGCCUGUCGCAGUGACAGUGGGAUGGGCUGCCCUGUGAGUGUCUGGCUGGAGGGGUCCCCGCUCUGGAUGUGACUCCCUCUCCCCAAAUGGGCCUACCAAGGGGGCGGGCUGAUGAUCACAAGCGGUAUGGCCUCUCACGAGUGGCUUCAAUGUAGGGGUGGGUAGUCUUUGCUCUAGUUCCUACAUAAUUGUAGGAAAAUGAGCUGUGUUAUCUCUGAGUCCCUUGGUAAUUCAGGGGCUGCACAUCCAGCUACAGCUCUCUCUGCUCAUCAUGCCCUUUCUUGGUGCUGCUUUUUGGGUAGGACCCGGAGAUGUAGGGUAACUGUUCUCAUCAGCUGCCAUUUCUCAUAGGGUCUACCACAUUCGUAAUGUCCGUUCUUUCCCCUCGUUUAACUGGGGAUUGAUAAUAGUACAGCUUCCUUGGGCAGUUGUGUAGGAGCAUCCUCUAGCGUGCACCUCUGUGCUGACUAGAUCUGGGGCUGGGUGUCAGGAGUUGGCCUGUUUGAUUUAAAUGUUGAUUUGUCUCAGCAGAGCUGAGUUGUGGUAGGGGGUUCAUAGCUCUGCCACUCUGGGGCCUCUCCUGGCUGUCGCUCUGGAUUCCCCCGGGUAUGAUGCUGCAUCCAGCAGCGCUGGCACCAUUAUCUAGGGGUCCUCACGAGCUGCUGGGGUCAGUUGCUACACAGUGCUUGGGAGUGGGCUAGGAGGAAGACUCAUUGGUGGAAUUAGCCUCGCACGGGCCAGAUGGAAUCAGGUCCAGGGCUCUGUUCUGGGGCCUUUAGUGGGAGGACAGAGCUGUGGGAUGAGGGAUGUGGUGAGUGCAGCAGAUCUCCCUCUUAGACUGGUGAGUAGGAAUUGAGCUAGUAGCUCUUCCAGAAAGUUGGUUCGGAAAUUGCCAUCUUGCCAAAUUCCUAGCAAAGAGGGAGUUCAGUGGUACCUUAAGUCAUUGCUGUACUUGAAAUGUUUCUAGGGGAGAGUGUCAAAAAAAUUCCCUUCCCCUAUUAGUACCUCUGCAAGGUGAAGAUUGAGGGACGAAGAGGGAGCAGCUUGGUCAUCGUACCCAGGGAAUCCGGAGCUUGGAUUCUUCUCAACUGUGCCCUGCGUGGGAAGCUACACCAGCCCCAGAAAUGACUGCUGAGCAUCUUGCCUUGUCUUCAGUAGCUAAUGAUCAGAGAGAUUUUUUUUUUUAACUACCAUGGUCCCAAGGUUCCAUCCUGAAAUUUAUUUUUCUUUGUAUGAAUAUGUGUAAAUGAUUUUAAAAUAAAACUGUAAAAUAUUUGUAUAAAGAAUAAAUGGAACUGACGUGGGUCUGAGUUGUGCUGCCAGGCGUGAAGUUGGGGUUGGUGGGAGGUGGGUUGUUAGGAGGAUGGUGUUCAACAGUUUCCUCUUUUCCCAUUUCCCUUUCAAAUUCUCAUUGGCAUAUUGAUUAUACACCUGCCUAAAUUAUUCAGCACCUAAUACAUGCUGGGUACUAUGAAUAAAGUGGACGGGGUCUCUGUGUUCAUGGAGCUUACGGUUUAGCUGCCAGGGGUGUCCAACCUGUGGCCUGUGGGCCACGUGCAACUCAGGAUGGCUACGAAUGCGGCCCAACACAAAAUUGUAAAUUUACUUAAAACAUUUUGAAAUUUUUUUUGUGAUUACAUGUGGCAGUGUAUUUAAUGUGUUGCCCAAAACAACUCUUCUUCCAGUGUGGAGCAGAUGCCGAAAGGUUGGACACCCCUGGUUUAGCAGAUGUUUAACAGUCAUGCAUUUUUUACACUUGUGUAUGUCUCUAAAAAUACAAGGGUGCUAUGUCAUUGUUUGGUAUUUUAUUGUGAAUUACACUAGAGACUUUUUGUAGUUUUUUAAUGCUUAGAGCUUCUAAAGGUUUUCAUUUGUGUUUUUUCUCAGGACUGUAUCAAGAGCCAUAUCAACAUGGGUCACUAUCCUGGGGAAAAUUUUAAAGAUAAAAACAGAGAUUUGUAUUUUGAGAAAAAUGUUCAUGGCCACAUUAGAAUUUUUAAAAAAAAAAUGUCUCAAAGAGAAUGGGUUUAGGACAUUUCCAGGCAGUGAAGUAUUACUUAGCUAUUUAUAAUACAUUUUCCAAGGACAGUAAAUACUAAUAAUAUAAUGAGAAAAGGUUAACAAACCACAGGUUAUCUCAAGAAAAAAUGUAUUGAAAAGAGAAUGAGGAAAUAACCCAAUAUGCUAAAAGUGUGAAGGUUAUGAGUGAUUUUCCCCAUUUUGUCAUACUCUGUAAUUUCCAAUUUUUUGUUAGUGCAUGUGUAAUACUUUCAUAGGAAAGAACAAAAUAGGAGGGAGGGCGGCAUCGUGUUGCCACCAGCUGGGUGACCUCCAGGCAGCUGAGUCCUGGGCCCUGAGCAGGGGACAGUGCGAAGCACCAGGCUUGGGAGUGGGCUGGGCAGGCUGAGGCAGCAAUGGCUACAAUGUGGAGAUACAAGAAGAAAGAAAGUGGCUGAGUGAAUGGCUUUAAAGCUUAGGUAAUUCCUGGUUUAAGUGAAGUCUCCAGUCCGUUUUGCCUGUGUUGGGUGGCAUGAAGGUGUCUGAGUCAAAUGCCUCGUUUUUGCAUGGUCAACGUCAGGUGCCUCUUUGAACCCAAAUUAAAUUCAGCCAAUGUUUAUUGAGGGUACAAUUACUCCUGGUAAUCCAAAUUUAUCAGAGAAAUGUGGCAUCUUAAAAUUUUGCUCAGAUUGUGUAUGUGGGGUAACUUUGUAGUCUAUGUAAUUUGUACUAGUGACUAUGGUUAA